UACCCCAAAGACUCGCAACGCAUAAACCUUGAGAAGUCCAUCUCUGAAGAAACGACCCUUUGAGAGACCACACAUCGCAGAAACCCCCAAAUGGCUUCAACGAUCCACAAGCUCCUUACAAAGUCUCCAACUUUAAAAAUUCUGACUGCUUUCAAUCCCAAACCAUUACCAUUACCAUUACCAAAUCUCAAUGUGCCUCUUACACAACUCAAUUACAACCAAGUCAAACUCUACCCUUAUUUGGGUUCUAACCCAGAUCAAAGUCCUUUUCUGGGUGCACAGAAAAAUGAUUACUUGCCCACUUUCUCCCACGUAUAUCCAAGUUUCCCAUUUGGGUAUUCUUUAAAUCCCUUGCCGUUAUCUGGGUCGAUCCCAUUGGAGGCCGAGGAUGAUUCGACUGAGUUGUGGGCUGAUAGCGUCAAGAAGAAGAGGAAGCGAAAGAUGAACAAGCACAAGUACAACAAGUUGAGGAAGCGGCUUCGGAGACAGACUUAGGUGAGAUUUGAUCUUAAUUUGUUUUUGUUGAGAUUUGAUUGUAAUAGACUGACUUGUUUCUCAGGCUAAUGCCUAAUUGAGUUUUUGCUUGUAAUGGUGAGGAUGAUGAGAGAUUGUUCAGAGCAUUUAAGUGAUUGGAUAUUGUCUCUUUUCAACACUAUGAAUAAAUCGUUUUUCGUAAUACAAUAGAUAAUUUGUGGAAAGUUAAGACCAUAUAUUUCAUGUGCUACUUCAAUUA